AAGAUUGGAAAAUGUUGGCAUGACAUCACUGAUGAAACAGUACAUGAUGUCUGUUGCACACAUCUCUCUCUGGGUCUGUGUGUGUGUUAGCUUAAAAGUGCCUAUUUAAAAAAAACUGAUUAUGUUUCCUGUCUGUUCAGCCUUGAUAACCUUUGUCCAGUAUUCACAUGAAAUCCCCCCCUCUGCAGUUCUACCCCUGCCUUGGUUCUCUCUGCCCUGGUGCCCCUUGACUCAUAAAAACCUGGAGGACUGCAGCCCUGUCUUCCUCCUGACUUUGUCUAAAGUCUGCUUGCCACAGAGUCACCAGCUGCCACCAUGCCUGCAGACUUCAGUGGCAAAUGGGUUCUGGAAAGCAGCGACAAAUUUGAGGAUUACCUGAAAGCACUGAAUAUUGAUUUCGCUACAAGGAAAAUCGCCAUUUCCCUGUCCCAGACCAAGGUGGUUGUUCAAGACGGAGACCAGUUUAACUUCAAAACUCUAAGCACUUUCAGGAAUUAUGAGCUGGCUUUCACUGUCGGAGUGGAGUUUGAUGAGUACACCAAGGGCCUGGACAACAGAAAUAUCAAGAGUUUGGUCAGGUGGGAAGGCGACAAACUGGUGUGCACCCAGAAAGGUGAAAAAUCCAACCGAACCUGGAAGCACUGGAUUGAAGCAGACAAACUCUACCUGGAGCUGACAUGUGAAGAUGUAGUUUGUCUCCAAGUAUUUAAGAGGAAAGAUUAACAUCUGUUUUUAUGCCGUAUGUCUCUGAAGUUAAUAAAAGUUUGACUCUGGUGACACUUUACACAUUUCUUCAACAUUUUGAAUCAAUA